GCUGAGGUUGGGCUGAAUCAGGGGCUGAGUCAUUCUAGUGAUUGAGUGGUGUGCUGGUGUACGGCAUCGGGCUGGACCCAAUCUACAGUAUGUCGGCCUGGGAGCUGGCGUGCUGGGAGGCACAGCAGGCAGCAGUAGCAGCAGUAGCAGCAGCAGAAGCAGCACCAGCUGGAGCCGUGGAUGGGGGGAUAGGAGGCGUGACCGCGACCCCGGUCGUGAUGCUGCACGGGGGUGGGGCCCUGGGGCUGCACGGGUUGGCGCAGCGGUACCCUGGCGCCUUCUGAUGGUGGUGGCGGAAUGGGGCAGCCGCAGCAAGUGGAGGGCCUGCCGCUGCUGCUGGGCGCGGCGUUGUUACUUACAGCUGUGGCCUGUGGGUCAUCUGGGUCACCCUGAUCCGGGCCCGGCACACCGCACACCGGGACCUGAGUCCUGGGUCCGGCUGAGGCAGGGGCUGAGUCCCGGGGUUGAGUCGGGGUGCGUGGGUAAUAGGCGGUCCCUUCGCGGGUUCACAGGUCACUCCCCUGACCAUCACAUCUGGGGGCACAGCUAGCCUUAUGCCGUUGUGAAACAUGUCCGCUUAGCAGGUCCGUUCUCAAUUCAGCAGCGGGACUAACAGGUCGAGGGCCAUAGGCAUAGUUCUAGUGAUUGACGCACAUAGUAGUUUGAUCUAACGAUAUGUGGCAUCCCCGUAAGAGCCCCAUUCCUGCUGGUGUAGCUCAGUGGUAGAGCGUUUGUCUUGUAAACAAAAGGUCCC